AUGAGACGGCGUGUGCAUCAGUCCCUGCCUGGUCAGCAGGAAGUCUUUGAGAGACGAGGGAUCAAAUGUGAGGUUGAUGCCCAUGGCGAUUUGGAGUUCGAGGAGGAAGAAUAUCAGGAGUACAUCAAAAAGGAUUUGGCAGUGAAGAAAGCUGUGGACAGGCUUAAUGCCCAGGCAGCUGUUACAUAUGCUGACACUGCAACCUAUGUGGGCGUGCCCUUGAAUGUAUAUUUGGACUAUAUCCAGGCUGAGGUAGACACAGAGCGCAGCUUUCUUGAACUGCCCUGGACAAUAUGCCUUGUUGCCUCCUUCACGAUCCUUGUGCUGGGUAUUUUGCAGCGUGAUGUUUUCUUCGGUGUCCAGAAUGCGAUCGAGAACAGCGUGGUUGGAAGUGCAAGGUUUGGAUGGAGCGGCGAGUUUGGCCACAAAGAUGUCUAUGAGGUAGAUUCAAUCUCACAAUUCUGGUCAUGGAUGCGGUUGGGUUUGCUUCCACUAGUGGUCCAACCGACUUGGAUCUACAGUGAGGGAGUACCUCCAGCCAUGGAGUCGGACUUCGGGAACUUUCAGGUGACAGGCCGCCCAGAGCGUUGGCUCUUCCAGGGCUAUCGAUCACCCUCACCAGUUCAGAAUGACUUUUUGAUCUACUCCAAGCUUGUUGGAGGCAUACGCAUGCGGCAGGUUGUCGGUGAGGUGGAAGCUUGCACCGGCCCCUCAUCAAUGGACCCAGACAUUUUGGACAAUUGGCUGGGCAAGCCUUGUGCUCCAAGCUCCUUCGCGGUCUUGGUCCCCCAAGCCCCGGAUGCAGAAGACUUUCUCAACUUUGCGAAAACAGAAUUUUUGUUUCCAGAUUUGGACAACUUCACAAGCCUUCAGCAAGCACUUCUGGACAUGGAAGAUGGCUGCAACGCUCAUGUGGGAAACCUGCAGAACUGUCGCUGUGAGUGGUGCAAAGGGCAAGUUCCAAGACAGCCAUGGCUUGACGAGCUGGCAAAGAGAGUAGAGGUCAGCAUGGUCUUCUACAAUGCGCAACAUGGAAUCUAUACCUAUGUGUCGGUCAAUUUCUUCCUGAAUCGUGGUGGCAAUAUCUACAAGCUACUUCAUUUAAUGUCUUCGCCAGCGCAGCCCUUAAACAUGCCAACUGCUCAGCUGGUCCCAAUUAUUUUCUGUGGCGCGCUGUGGGGCGGAGGCCUUUUGUACAUGCUCAUAGGAGAGUUCAGGGAUAUCAUUCGCACCGUACGAAGCUCACAGCUUGGCUGCUGCCGAGCAAUAGCCCUCGAAUACAUCGGUUUCUGGAACAUGGUAGACUGGGCGGCCAUUUUUUCCGGUACUUUGGCAGCCUUCUUCACAUUUCGGACUUUACUCUACGUGGAGGUAGCCAAUGGCCUACUGGCACAGAUGAUUGCUGCCAGUCUUUCCCCACAGGACCGAGCAGCAUACAUAUCUAUUGCCGAUCCUUUCUUUUUUGCGGUCGAGCAGAUGAGUGCUGCAAACUCGGUUGGACUCGUGUCCUUGGCCCUCUACCCGUUUGUAGGGAUGCUGCGGCUCUUCAAAUCCUUUGAAGCACAACCACGCUUGGCAAUUGUUACUGCUACUCUGAAAACAGCAGCCCCCGACUUCGGGCAUUUUAUGUUGGUCAUCGCCUGCGUGUUUGCUUGCCUGUUGGUCAGUGGCAUUUUAUUCCUGGGGCAGGACAUGGAAGGCUUCACUACACCCGAACAUGCCUUUCGCUCAUCGCUUUUGGCGGUCUUGGGCCAUUGGGACUGGGAAGUCCUGAACCAAAUUGGCCACUUCAAAGCAGCAUUUUGGCUUUGGGUCUUCAGCAUCGUCCUGUCCCUUAUUGCCUUGAAUAUGCUCUUGGCCAUCAUUCUAGACGCUUACUCCUAUGAGAAGGAGAAGGCCUCAGAAGACAAGUCGCUAUUGCAGCAGACCUCAGAAGUCUGGCGACGCCGCUCUCAGCGGCGCCGCGGAGAGAGGGUGAACCUUUCGCAGAUCUACGAAGCAUUCAAGAAGAAGUACAAGAACAACCUGAGCAGCAUGAUGUCGGACCAAUCUUUGAUCAACCCAGAUUCCUUGAUGUCCACAGUCCCCCAGAUGCCUCGGGAACAAGCGGUGCGGACGCUAUCAAAAGCACUGGAGCGGCAAGAGAAGCUGGAGGUUGGCUUCCAAAAUGAGGAUAUGAUCCAGCGGGAUGUUCAGAAGAAUCUGGAAGACUUUCAGUAUACCAUGAAGGAUAUUUGCAGGGAUGUCGAAGAAGUUGCGGCGCAACUAGAUUAUUUUGAGCGUUUGCAAGCCUCGGGGGAUGCCAGCUAUGACUUCUACUUCGGCAAGGAACAGGCAUCUGAGGAGAGGACUUCCAAAGCAUGGAUCCAAAGAAUGGUCACCGAGCUGAGUGGCGACCUUACCACGACAUUCCACAAUGGCCUUCAGCGAUACCGUGAUUGGCAGGGACGUGUGGAAACCGAGCAAAACGACCUGCAUGAGUCAAUCACCGACAUGCAAAGCUUGGUUCAGCAGCAUGCCGGACAAGUAAGGGAGAUGAUGCACGCAGUCGACUGUUUAUUGGAGCCUGGCCAUACGGCAGGCCUUUCUCAUUUGGAAGGCCAAGGCUAG